UGACGCACGUUGUAUAACUCAGCUUCUGUAACCAUCAGAAGUUACCAAACGUUUUUCCUCCAAGUUUUCACUCACGCCCACCUUUAUGCCACGUGACCAGCCGCCAUCCCCCAAGAACUCCACUUGCGACAACAGCAGCUGCUUGUUUUGAGACUGCGUAACACUAAAACUAUGGAGAAUUAUAAAGUGUUUCUGUCUGCUCUGUGCGCUGCAGCGAUAACCGGGUCACUCUCCAUUAUAUUUGUGCUGACAUGGGUCCUCCACUACAGAGAAGGGUUGGCCUGGGAUGGAGGGUCGGCGGAAUUCAACUGGCAUCCUGUCCUAAUGGUUGCUGGCUUGAUAUUUCUGCAAGGAGCUGCCAUAAUCAUCUUCAGACUUCCUUGGACUUGGGCGUGCAACAAGUUGGUGAUGAAGUGGAUCCAUGCAUGCUUACACUUACUGGCCUUUACUUUGGCUGUGAUAUCCACAAUAGCAGUGUUUGAUUUUCAUAACACUGCCAAAAUCCCAAACAUGUACAGCCUGCACAGCUGGCUGGGGUUAGCAGCUAUAAUACUUUACAGCUUACAGAUUGUUGCUGGAGUUGUCUUGUACCUGAUCCCCAUCACACCCGUGUCAUGGAGAGCAGCGUUCAUGCCACUCCACGUCUUUUUUGGAACUUUGCUGUUUGCAGGAAUCAUCUCUGUUGCACUUAUGGGCAUAACAGAAAAGCUCAUCUUUGCCUUGAAAAGCCCCAAGUAUAGCCAGUCUCCACCUGAAGCGCUCUUUGUGAACGUUCUUGGAGUGCUCUUGGUGGCUUUUGGAGCUGUUGUAGUGUACACUGUCACUCGAGUGUCUUGGAAACGGCCCAGUGACCAGGUCUUGCAUACCCUGCAUACCGACGAGGUGGGAGAGGACAAGGGAAAAAGUGGAACCAGCUCUGACACAACUACCUGAAGUAGCAGAUGCUGAGACUAGAGAUGUCAGAAGAAAACAUAAAGAGGAUGAAAACAACUUUGAAGUGGAUAUAUUUACCCUAUAUUGUUGGCUGUAUACGUUUUAGAAAAUAUAUAUUAAAUUUAUUAUAUAUAUAAUGAA